CUCUCGAACUCACCUGGUCUGGUACUUUCGUCGUACUUUAUAUACCACACAUCAGGCGGUCAGUUACACACAAUAAAAGGAAAACUCAAAUCGGGAACCAUUCAUCUGCGUCCUCCCUCCCUUUCCUUCGCCGCCGCCCGCCAAUCAGGAUCGCCAGGUUCCUUCCCAUUCCAUCUUGAACCUCAAACCUGCGCAUCCAGUCAACCAGCUGCCAGCCAAACAAACACGCCUCCUAUACUGCCAUUCCCAACCCGGUCGAAAGGAAAGAAAGAGGGAAGGGAAAUCCUAUUGCCCUCUCCUCCCUCCUCCUCCUCCCUCUUUCAGAAAAGGGCCCCUUAAGAAAGAUGGCGAGCCUACCCUCGCAACAUCCUCACCUCGCCCUACACCUAUCCGACCAAGAAAUCGACCCCCAUAUCCUUCAGUCUCUCUCCCUCGCGCACCUGACCACCACCGCCCUCGCCUCCUACGACACCGCGAAACGCCUCGACCACGGCGCCCCCUUACGAACCAUGGUCGAGCACGCCGGCGCCGGGCCCGUCGUGCUGCACAGCUACCUGUGCCCCAUAUCCGAGAGACAACAGCCCCGGCAAGUUGCACACCUAGUCCUCGAGGAGAAUGGUCUGGCAAAGAACAACGACGGGGAUGACGAUGGGGAUGGCCCCAAUGCGCCGCCGAUGCUCAUCACUACGGUAGUCGCUCCCGGCGCAGAGGAGAUACGGGACGCGAGAAGAGCCGCGGGGAGAUUAGAGAGGAUAGCGAGGGUCUUCCAGACCGACUGGGCUGCCGAGGGUGGUGAUGCGACGUGAUACGGCCCCCCUGAGGAAAUCACCCCGAGGGCGCUUGCCGGGGGCCAAAGAUGAGGAUGCGACUAUAUGGCCUCAUGGGUAUGGAAUCGACAGAACAAGUCAGGACACAAAACAAAACAGAGCAAGCAAAAGGUGUGGUGGGAAGAAAAAUAAAGGAAGGUUAAGUUAAUGACGGUGUAUGCCAGGACGGCCUUCUGUUUCUGUACAUAAGUCGUCAAUGUAGGGCGACGCCGUGUCCCUACAUAUUAAUGUAAUUAUGCGGAGCACAUAGGCCUCGUCCUGUUCGCAGGAGGCUCUGUUGACAAUCACUCCUUCUCUUGCC